AUGGCUCUAAUGAGAUUCCUCAUGGGAGAACUCCAUACCACCAGACCCAACCUCCACCAACGCGACGUGUGGAUGGGUGACCUUCAGCGGGAUCCCUUCCUGGUGAGUGUGCACCUGAUCGCGGACCCAGGCGAGGGAGGCGUCCUCCAACGGGCAGCAGAUAGCAUGCUAGCAUGGCUUCACCCCGAGCUGCAGCUCUUCAGGGUGUCCGAACGCGCCGUAUUCGCCGAGUGCACCCGACCCAAACGUCACCACGGACACCAGGGGGCCGCCCCUCAACCGGCAUUGGCGGUCAUUUUAUUCCUCCAGGAGGGUGGCGGCGGUAGCGAAGAGCUGGGGCGCCCACCUUGGCGCUACCAUCACAGCGAGGAGGUGAGCGGAACACAAAGGUCCGAGGCGACGGUGUCCACGCAGGAUUUUUUCACCCUGGGGUCAGGAACCCCGGUGUGGGCCGUGAGAAGGGUGCGCUACGGUAAAGGGACGCUACGGUUGACGGUGUACUGCUGCCAUGACAACUACGCCCACACAGUGCGCUUGUACAAGCUCCUUCUUGGACGCCGCCUAGCCCACAAAAAACACGACUUCUGCUUCCUGGUUGUGUACUCCAACCCCCGCCUGGAGGUCCAGAUGGCCUUUCGAAGGUUGCCCAGGGGGAGGCGCCCGGCGCCACUGGACUCAGCUGUGGUAGAGGUGCGGGUACGAGACGUGGGAGCCCUGGUGCCACUCCUACCCAACGUAUGCAGGCCCAUUAGUGAUAUAAGGUGGCAGACACAAGACUACGACGGAAAUAAAAUACUGCUUCAGGUACAAGAUGCUCAGUGGAGCCGUCGCCAUCAUCACUAUCCUAAUCGGGCGCCCCCUCGCCACACGGUGCCCCGUCAUCAGGCAUCACUGCGCUCGCUCCCGCUAUGCAGUGAGGAAGACUUCUAUCCCGAAUGGUGUCUAUCUUCAGAGGGCCAGGGAACGGGUGGACGAUCUGACUCUCUCUUCUCCCUUCCCAACCUCAGCUCCUCCCCAGGACCUCCAGCCACCCCGCCUCGUGGGGACCGUCGUAGCCGCUCCCUUCAGCGGAGCGCCACACUCGUCCCUCCCUUCCGCCUCAACGUGGAUGCUCUAUUAGGCGCUGAGGAAACAGACGUGGACACGGGAACCACAUUCCAAACGGGCGGCGUGGACCUUAGCGUAGUGUCGGCGUACGUUCCCAAAGCAGGCACGCCAGUGUCGCGCAAUCCAGAAGAGGGGAACGACUCUCUGGAAUCCCUCAAUGGGGGCAAGCGUGAAAAAGGACACAAAGAGGAAAUUGUAGAGGAAUUUUACAUUUGA